GGCUCUAUAAUAACACAACUAACCACUACAUCUUUACACUCAGAUAAAAACACUAAUUGGUGGCCGGUUAUAGGCGUGAAAGAGGAUUUCCAAACGCGUUUCGUUUUUUCUUCUUCUAAUUGCUGUGCUUAAUGGGAGCAUCACCUCGCACUAUCCACGGAAUCGCAACAUAACAAAAAUAACUCUGAAAUUUCGGAACAUUUAGGUUGACAAACUUUAACGAAGAAUAAGUUAAUGAAGGGAUGCUGGAUUAUUUUAUUGCUGCGCACAAGGCAGGUGUCCCUGAAGGCGCCAUGGAUCGAUUUGGAUACAGCGAGAGCCCCUUUUAAAACAUCAGGAGGAUCCAUUUCCAUCAGAUGACUGGAAGCGCUGUCCGUGGUGAGUGAGGAUCAGCCCAUAUUCGAGCCGCCCUACACUGCAGUGCACAUGAAGGCCGAGAUGACGUCGCCCAGCGGGUUCAGUCAGGCCUCCAAGCAGAGUCCCGAGCCCACCGAGCCGGAGUGGGUGGGGUCAGCGGCACAAAACCCUGGGAAAAGAGGCGAACACGUCAACGGAACCAGCCGUGAGUCCCCUGUGGACUGCAGCGUCACAAAGCGCUCCAGACACAUGAGCAACGACGGGCCCCCGAUGCCCUACCAGACCUCGUACCCGGAGCCUCGCGUCAGCCCACAGACGGUCACCCCACCCAGCAGCGCCACAGAGGAGAAGAGGGUCAUUGUGCCGGCAGAUCCAGAGGUGUGGACACAGGACCACGUGCGGCAGUGGCUGGACUGGGCCAUCAAGGAGUACGUCCUGGAGGAGGUGGACGUCAUGUUGUUCCAAGCACUGGACGGCAAGGCACUGUGCAAGAUGACCAAGGAUGACAUGAUGCGUCUCACGUCGGCCUACAAUGCAGACAUCCUGCUCUCGCACCUAAAUUACCUCCGGCAGAGUAGCCCUACGUUCUCCUACUCCACAACUCCCACCAACACCACACCACCACAACAACCCAGACUACAGGUGAAAGCAGAGAGCAGUUUUGAUGAGAUCAGCUGCAGGAACAGCUGGCCUGCAAACACCAUGAGUGCAGUGCCAAAAGGUCCCUCCAUGGAGCACCAACACACCUCAAGAGUUACAGAGCCUGCUCCAAGAAUUGUACAAGACCCAUAUCAGACAUUAGGGCCCAUUAGCAGUCGACUAGCCAACCCAGAAGGCCAAGCCCUCAGCUCAUCCAAGAACCGAACAGGCAAACAAAGUCCAUACAAGCUCCCUGACCCCAGCGCUCACAGGCCUGUGGGUUCAGGGCAGAUCCAGCUGUGGCAGUUUCUGCUGGAGCUGCUGUCUGACAGCAACAACGCCAGCAUCAUCACCUGGGAGGGCACCAACGGCGAGUUCAAGAUGACCGACCCGGACGAGGUGGCCAAGCGCUGGGGCGAGCGCAAGAGCAAGCCCAACAUGAACUACGACAAACUGAGCCGCGCUCUGCGCUACUACUACGACAAGAACAUCAUGACUAAGGUGCACGGCAAGCGCUACGCCUACAAGUUUGACUUCCAAGGUAUCUCGCAGGCACACCAGAAUCACGCAGCCGAAGGGGGGAUUGUUAAGUACCAGACUGAGAUGUCUUACGUCCAGCCCUACCACAGCCACCAGCCCAAAAUGAACUUCAUGGGUGGCCAUCCUGCACCUAUGCCCGUCUCCCCCGGCAACUUUUUCAGCCCACAGUCGACGUACUGGAACUCACCCAACAGCCCCAUCUAUCCUGGGUCAGCCAUGACCAGACAUCCCGCCACCCACUCCCACCUGAGCUCGUACUACUGAGGACGAUGCAUUUCGCAGCUGGGACAACGGGAUAGAGAGGAACCCAAAACGUGUAAGAAAACACAUUCACUCCAUCCAGGAUGCACCUGAGCUGAACCCUGUCUGAAUUGAAGGUUAUAUGACGCUUCGGUCUGUUUUUAUAAGGGCAUUAUGAUGUCGUCUUUGUCACAUUCCUUCUUAAAAAAA